AUGGCCCUUUUGCGGCCCAAGUGGCUACGGCUGCUCACCCUGGCGUUGCUCUACUUUGUGCAGGGCGCGCCUUACGGCUUCCAGGUGUCGUGUCUACCCAUGAUUCUUCGCCAAUACGGGCUCUCCUUCACCGCCCUGGGAUCCAUGAAACUCCUCUUCCUCCCUUGGGUGUGUAAGCCUGUGUACGCGCCGCUCAUUGAGCGCACCCGCUCCAAAUAUUGGUGGCUCACCCGAUCCAUGCUCGCCCUGGGACUCACGUGCAUUUUGGCGGCUUGGAUCACGGGCCCGGACACCCUGACGUCCAUCUCCAUCCUCAUGUUUGCCUUGAACUUGUUCUCGGCCACCCAAGAUGUGGCCACGGACAGUUUGGCCGUGAAUAUACUGGAACCGGCCGAGUUAGCCGCGGGGAACACGAUCCAAGUGGUAGCUUACAAAGCUGGAUCUGUGUUUGCGGGCGGGUUGUUGCUUUGGGUGGAGGAGUUGACCAGUUGGGCCGGGAUGUUCUACGCCUUCGGGGCCAUCUAUUUUGUGUGCAUUUUCUUGUUGUCUCAGUUCUCGUGGGCGACCGCUCAUCCGUCGAACGCGACAAGUACCGGCGACGAGCGUGCGCCAGGGACCAAUCCGAAUUUACGGACCGUGCUGAGAGACGUUUUGAGUGUGCCCAACACGGGCUUCAUCAUGGGCUUCGUGUGCUUCUACAAGUUGUGCGAGCGAGCCGAGCAGACUUUUUCCCUCUUCAUGAUCGACAAGGGCGUACCCUUGAGUCAGAUCGCAUUCUGGUCGACCAUCAUGCGAACGGGCUCGUUGCUCGGCUCCGUGUAUGGUGGACACAUCCUCACCUUCGACGAUGCCGAGAGUCGACCCCGAGAGAUCAUUUGUAAAUACAGUUUCCUCCGCAGUCUACCCAUCACGCUCCAAUUGAUUCUGAUCCAUCAAUGGGGCGUGGCCCGAGUGCCGUCCGAGUCGGUGUUCCUGUUCUGGAAUUCGGACACGGUCUACAUGUACUUGGGCUUCUUUUGUACCACCAUCACCUUAUUCUGUGCCGGGGUCAUCACCACGGCCACGUUCACGGUCAUGAUGCGGCUCAGCCAGACCGCCCCAGACCCGCUAAAAGGCACGCACUUUACCACACUGGCCACGUGCGAAGUGGGCGGGAAGCUGUUAUUCGCGUCCUUAUCCGGCGGUCUAAUCGAUGCGCUCGGACUCUACCCCGUGUUCAUGAGCUUUGUGAUGUUGGCCUUGGGUUGCGUACCGUUAGCUUGCUAUCUUCCAUCCAAGUUACCCCCCGGGACUAAGAUGAAUCAGUAAAAUAAAGAUAAAAAAUCAUCCGA